UCCCUUGUGAGGUUCUGCAGUUAUCGCGACAGCACGAUAUGUCUACACUCACCAUCAAAUAUGAUCUGAAGCCACCAGCAACUGUCAAUGCAGGCGGACUGCAGGCCACCACAACCACUGCAGCGGAAAUAACAGCUGAUCCCAAAGAUCAAAGUCAAUACUAUGCAGAGCUGCGUAGGGCGGUACUGCAGGCGAAAGAUACACUGGGGGAGGAGCUUACGCAGUGGAGAGAUGCUGUAGGGAAGGCGGAGCUGAACAAGGAGACGAAGAAGUCGCUGAAGGAAGAUGACGAGGACGAGGACGAGGAUAGCGAAGUAUGAUGUACGGGAGAAGGCGAUAGAAGUGAGAGCAACGUACGCAGAAAUGGACACACCACGACUAGCCAGUCCUCUAGAUCGUCAAUAUCGCGAAGCGCUCUCGGGAACCAUUAAUCGUGCAUGUUGCUUGUGUAUUCA